AUGGCUAAUGUUCUUUAUGAUAAUGAAGAACAACGAAUUAUAGACAGAAUUCGUUGUAUCACAUAUCGUGAGAUACGCGAUGAAAUGAUUGCAAGAACAGGAGACUCAUUUAUCAGUCGUCAAUGGAUUUCCGAAAAGCUUCAUCGUAGCGAAGAUUGGGUACGACGAACUUGGAAUAAAACAGUUGACGAAUGCUAUACACAAUUCGGAAGUGGUCGACCUCAAGAAGAAGGACAAUCUUGGGAUGGUGCCUAUUUUCGUGAGAUUAUUCUUCAGGAACAUGUUAUUCCAUUUCUUCGCAAUCCAACCAAUGUUCUUGACACAAACGAAGUCAUAUUUCUUCAUGACAAGGCCCCAUGUAUGAAAGCUAAUGCUACACAGCAUCUUCUCGAAGAUGAAGGUGUGAAUUUUUGGGGUAAUUCGAUUUGGCCUGGUAACAGUCCUGACAUGAAUCCUGCAGAAAACAUUGGUGCAAUUAUCAAAGAUAAAGUGGAGGAACUGAUGAUAAGCGAAGAUCGUCGAGAUCGAUACGAUUAUGAUGUUCUCAAAACUAACCUCGAGAAUACACUCAGUGAUCUUGAAGAUGACACCGAUCUUUUUAUCAAUUUGCUGUGUUCCAUGAGGAAAAGAUUUGAUGUUCUCGAGGCUGCUGGAGGAGGUCAUACCAGCUUCUAA